AUGCAGGCGGCAUUGUCCCGCAGGCUGCCGGCCAACACCCAUGUAUUCGAUAACAUCAUGGACAUUUUUGGGGAUGGCCGCGCCUGGCAGGCAGCCUUUAUGCAGAAAGGUUCAUUUGCAGAAAAGGUGCACAUGAAGAACCACGCCCCGUGCGUUCGAGAAGCCUACUGCGUGGCACACAGACAAAUGUGCCCGUUGCAAACCUUUUGUUCAGCCCGUGUUGGUGGGACACCAUGCCAAGACUUUUCCAUGUCGGGCAACCGCCUGGGGCUGGCAGGCCCUCAGCUGCCACCUCUGCUAGCAUUUGGCGCCAAGACGGAAGCCUUGCGCACCCCUGUGGUGGGGCUCGAAUGUGUUUCAGAAUUGCCAACGCAUGUUGUCCAUGAUGCCUUUGGCCGGAACUACGACUGGCCUAUGGCCAACAAUUUGCGACCCAGCAACGUUGGCUUCCCUUGCACCAACAGGUUGAGGCUCUACAUGGGUGGUGUGCGCGCCGACACUACCACUGUCUUUUUUGACCCCAACCAUCUUCUGGACUACACGCACCAUCUCUGCCAAAGAGAGCCGGAGUUGAGGCCUCGAUCUUUGCUGGUCCUGUCUACGGAUGAGCAUGUGCAGGAAGAUGUGUGGAACUUAAAAGCAGCGCGCAGGGCAUCGCCCAAUCUCUGCAGCGAAGGAGCUGGCUGUUAUUUGCGAGCAGAACUACAACGCGGCCGGGCUUAUUGGGAAAGAUACGAGAGCCUGCCUCCAGAUGCGCGGCGCAGCCCGUGGGACCUAGUGGUCCACGUGGGCGACAACCCUGCAGGCACUGCAACUUCAAAGGGCUGGUGCACAUGGUCGGCCAAGAGCAAUGCCUUGCCCACAAUCCGCCGGCGGACGGGUCUAUAUCUUGCACUGUGCCACAACCGCCAUUUGCUGUUGCGGGAGCUUUUCCUGAGCAUGGGGUAUCCAACAUACCCUUUGGCCUCUCAGGUCACAGGGGUUCCACAGUACAGUGUCUUCUUGGAUGGGCUCACAUAUUUCGAUUCCCUGCGGUCUCUAGGCAACUCUUUUCACGUUGCGCAAGCUGGAACGGCCAUUGGUUCUCUCAUGUUGUGCUGCCAAAUUGGCCAGCGGAACUGUGUGGACCCUGGGCGCUGA